CGGCGCUUGGAGGGGUCCGGGUAUGAACUUUUCCAAUGUCGUACGUUUUCGGACCGGAGGCAUCGUGCCGACUCUUGCUCCUCAGAUACUCGGUGACUCAACAAGCGUUUUCUUGAGGAGUGGUCCAGUCGUUCUGCGCCGGAUUUGCAUUGUCGGCUUUGUGACCAAACAAAACUCCCAAUCACCUCUCUGUGCGGCUGUUGCUGUUCCUUCUUCUUUUUUCUUGUCUUUUCUUUACCGGCGUCGUCACACCAACUGCCCCGCCAUGUCCACCUUUGGCGAAUACUUUCGAGUCACUACCUAUGGCGAGUCGCAUUGCCGCUCCGUCGGCUGCAUCGUCGACGGGUGCCCGCCGGGCAUGGAGCUCACCGAGGACGACAUCCAGCCGCAGAUGAACCGCCGCCGCCCGGGCCAGAGUGCCAUCACGACCCCGCGCAACGAGAAGGACCGCGUGCUGAUCCAAAGCGGCACCGAGUUCGGCAUCACCCUCGGCACGCCAAUUGGCAUGAUGGUGCUGAACGAGGACCAGCGGCCGAAGGACUACGGCAACAAGACGAUGGACAUCUACCCGAGACCCAGCCACGCCGAUUGGACCUACCUCGAGAAAUACGGCGUCAAGGCGAGCAGCGGCGGCGGGAGGAGUAGCGCGCGCGAGACCAUCGGCCGCGUUGCCGCCGGCGCUAUCGCCGAGAAGUACCUGAGGCUGGCCUACGGCAUCGAGAUCGUCGCCUUCACCAGCUCCGUCGGCAGCGUCCACCUGUUCCCGCCCACGCCGGAACACCCCAGCCCGAGCACGAACCCGGCAUUUCUGGCGCUGCUGCAGACGAUCGACCGCAAGAUGGUCGACAGCUACCUCCCCGUGCGGUGUCCCGACGAGGCCGUCUCCAGGGCGAUGGAGGACUGCAUUGCCGGCUUCAAGAAGCGCGACGACAGCAUCGGCGGCACCAUCACCUGCGUCAUCCGCAACGCCCCGAGCGGUCUAGGCGAGCCCUGCUUCGACAAGCUCGAGGCCAAGCUGGCGCAUGCCAUGCUCAGCAUCCCGGCCACCAAGGGCUUCGAGAUCGGCUCCGGCUUCGGCGGCUGCGAGAUUCCCGGGUCGACGCACAACGACCCUUUCGUGCCGGCCGCGGCCGUGGAGCUCCCUUCGAGCGUGGCCCAGAGCGGCGCCGUUAGGUCAGGCGUCCCGCGGCCGAAGCUGACGACCAAGACGAACUACUCGGGCGGCAUUCAGGGCGGCAUCUCCAACGGCGCGCCCAUCUACUUCAGGGUCGCCUUCAAGCCGCCCGCCACCAUCGGCCAGGAGCAGCUGACGGCCACGUACGACGGGUCGUCCGAGGGCAUCCUGGCGGCCAAGGGGCGGCACGACCCGUGCGUGGUGCCGCGGGCCGUGCCCAUCGUCGAGGCCAUGGCCGCGCUGGUGCUGAUGGAUGCGGUCCUGGCGCAGCAGGCGCGCCACACCGCCAAGAGCCUGCUGCCGCCGUUGCAGCAGACGGUAAACUCGGGCAAGCCGGCGGGCAACGGCGUGACCGAGGCGGAGGCUGGGAAAGGCCAAUAGAUAGAGGAAAAGUCAAAUCUGAUUUGGAUACCCGGGGAUAGUCGGCUGACAUGUCGCAGUCCAGUCUGAAGAUAUGCUACCAACUACCCCGUAACCAUCCUACUUUCGGACCCAGUGGCA